UAGAUGUCGCUGGUUUCGAGUGGAGUUUGAACGAUGAACCUCCGUCAGUUUUCUUUGUUGUUGUAGCCUGUUAAGCACUGAAAAAGCAUAGGAAUUUCAUGUUUCGCAUAAAUUUCUCAUUUCAAUAGGCAAGGCUUGCGUUUUGAAACUACAGAAAAUGGCAGGGCGGAUUGUUAAAGUUUCGUUGGCUACUGCUGCCACUUUGGUCGCUUCAGCGUUUGGUUCUACCAUAUAUCUAGAAAGUGCAAAAAAGAAUGAAUUUUUCUCUCUCAGUAAACCUCAAGGUAUCACAUUGAACGAAGCUGUUGAGGUUGCAGACAAGUUGUGUGAACAGGUCAAGAAUGAAUCUGGAAUUCCUGGAUUAGUUGUCAGUGUUAGUAUUGAUGGUAUCCCUGCUUACCAGAGAGGAUUUGGUUAUGCUGAUGUUGAGAAUCAUAUUCCAUGCCAAAGAAAUACUGUAAUGCGAAUAGCUAGCAUUAGCAAGUCUAUGACUAUGGCUGUGGUUGCAAAGUUAUGGCAAGAAGGGUACCUUUCCUUUGAUAAACCUGUCCAAGAUUAUGUACCUGAAUUCCCAGAAAAACAUUUUGAUGGUGAAAAGGUAGAAAUCACUUUGAGACAUUUAUUAAGUCACCUGUCUGGUAUUCGUCAUUACGAAAAGGUGCCAGCGCCAGCGUUAGUCGAAACUCUAUCAGAUCUCAGUGAUGAUCAUCAUUCUUCCCCAAAUAAAACUUCUGAUACUGUAAAAGGGAAAAAUGAGUUUGAAAAUCAAGAAUAUUUAUUGAACAGCUUCUUUGACAGUGUUUCAAAAUCAUUAGCCCUUUUCAAAGAUGAUGAACUCUUUAAUAAACCCGGCGAUAAGUACCACUAUACAACUCAUGGAUGGACACUAGUGAGUGCUGUCGUCGAGAGCGUCGCAAAUAAAUCUUUUCCUGCUUACAUGAAAGACUUCUUUCGCGAAAUGGGAUUGAGGCAUACAUACUUGGACGAAAACAAAACCAUCAUCUACAACCGUGCAAAGUAUUACAUAAGAAACGGGAGGGGGCGAUUAGAGAAUGCUCCACAAGUCGACAAUUCAUACAAAUGGGCGGGAGGAGGAUUCCUGUCUACAAGCGACGAUUUGGUAAAGUUCGGAAACGCAAUGUUAUACGCGUACCAAAAUUCUAACGGCUUCCUGGACUGUGAUACCGUUAAAAUGAUGUGGACACCUGUGUCCAAUACCUAUUUAGGGUGGGACAAGGACGGGCAGUACGGAAUGGGUUGGGGCGUUAUUUUGUCCCAGAACAACUAUCCUUUCUGCAAAUCAAGGCAGUUUUAUGUUACACAUACCGGAGCAGCCACUGGAGCUAGUUCCGCUUUACUCAUAUUGCCGCGCGUAGAUGAUGCCGCCGUCAGUGGCAAACCUGUCCGAGGUGUCGUAGUUGCUAUGAUUGCAAAUCUUCAGAAUGUCGGGCUCAACCAGACGGCAUUAGAGAUAGCAAAAGUGUUUGAACAAGUUUCCGAUUAAAAAUCGUUGUUUAAAAACCAAAUAUCACUUGAACUAUCGCCCCCUUUAGAAACGGACAUUGGCAAGUUUUCUCGAAGUAAUAUUUUCAUGCAUGGCAUGGACACUAGAAAAUAUUGUAAUUAUAGGAAUUAUAUAAUUAUAUCGUAAUUUCAUAGGAAAAGGAAAGACAAAAUUGUUUUAUCAAAAAUAAGCAGUGUUUAUGUCAUUAUGAAUCAACAUUCGACUGGGAGGUACACCCAAGAAUUUUUCAAUGUGUUCACUCAACUGCACCUUUAAAUUAGCGUUAUCAGUAUCCCCUAGUUUUCCAACACCUCUUAGACGGGCGAUAGCACACGGUCCUUUUUCUCCUCCCCAGAGCAUCAAUCGCUCUGGAACAACUGUCACUAUAGAGCACUUUACAUUUUGACAAAGAAAAAAAUUACAUUAAUUACAAGGUCUAUUCCUGAAAGUAACUAACAAAUUUUAUACUUACAUUUUCGGGUUUGUCCAGCAUUUUUGAAAGUAGCGCGGAGGUUUCGUCUAAAAAAUCACUUGGAACCGAGCUCUUUGAAAUGUUUGUGGUAAUUUUCAAAUGCGGCAUCCUGUUAGUUAUCAGAUGUAGAAAUUAAUUCAAUUGACCACAAUUUAUGACUAAUAUUACUAACUUUGCGAUUUCUGGAACCAUAAUUAUUUCCGGCUCAAUUUCGAUUAUUUCUGUUUGAGAUGCUGGAUUUGUUGAAUCCAUGUUUGAUGAUGUUUCAUUUGUUAGCAAGUCCUUGUGAAGAUGGUUCAAAUGAUACUUCAGGGUAGUGGUGCUGGCUGCUGACAAUGAGGCUUGGCAAAAUUCACAAGUAGCCAUGUUUCCUUCUUUGCGAAAAUGUUGCCAUACCCAUGAAACCUUUUCUCUAUGCUUCUUUGUUUUAUUCCUGUUGGACGAUACGGCACUGCUAUAGUCUUUUGAUGAAGGGCUAUGUUUUUUCCGACGGUUUUCGAUAUUGCCAGCUUCGUCAUCUUGUAUCAAUUGGACUACACGGAUCUAAAUAAAAAUAUUUAGAUUUUA